AUGUCCUCUGCAGACCCCCUUGCCCGACUGGAGGCACGCAUACUGGAAAGUGAGCGCCUGGCGCAACGAGCCUAUGAUCGCGGCGCCGUGGAAAAUAUCUUCAGCAGAUAUAUGCACCUACACAACGUGUUCCAAGACGAACAGAUCAAGGCGCUAUGGGUCAAGCGCGGCACGCCAGGCAUCCACGCGCAGUACACCAAUGUCGGCGUCUACACGGACUACGACAGUGUCAUGAAGUAUCACUCUGGCCGUCCAGCUCCAGCCGGCAAGCUGAUUCUCCACGAGACAACGACCCCAGUGAUAGAAGUUGCUGCAGACAGCCAGACAGCCAAGGGCUUCUGGCUGAUGGCUGGAGUUGAAUCGGGCCUGGCGGACCCCAAGAACGUCGGUGCUAUGCCCGAGUACUUGUACGAGCCUGCCGACAAGAAUGUGGAUGGCCAGCGAGUCUGGGCACACUGGGUGUGGUGCCAAUAUGGACUGGAUUUCUUGAAACAAGAUGGAGAAUGGAAGAUCUGGCAUUUCCGCUGUCUGGAGGUCGCCAGAGCGCCUUACAGUGAAAAUUGGAUUACUUUUGCCAACAAGAAUCAGUUCGCUUUUGAAAAGGAUCUGGCGUACUUUGGCCACAACGGAGAAGCCAUCUUCAUGCCAACUCCUGACGAGCCUGCCAAGAAGAAAGCUGACAUCUAUGGGACUAAACGUUCACGGCAACUGGAUGUGCCAUUGCCUGUGCCCUACAACACGUUUAGCGAGGUCGAAGAGUACUAG